GCUCGCCUUCACGGCCUUUUUCCUGAUUUCCCAGGCGAAUUUCCCCCCGCAUUCUGCCUUCCUAGAGCCUCACCCCCUCUUUUUCUAACCUUUGUCUCCGCAGAGGUGGGCUCCAGUCGCCGGCUGCGGGAUUGCGGGGUCCGCGGCGGUCUCGGCUCCCGCCCGGCGCCCAACUUGGCCCCGCCGCCCCUUCGCCCCGGCCGCGCCGCUGCCGCCCCCGGAGCCGGUGGGGAACCCGGCGGGCGGGAGAGCCCGGAAGGAAUCCGGGGCGCCGAGGCCCCGGCCGGCGCCGACACCGCCCGCCGGGAGCAGCCGGCCUGCUCUGGGUGACCGAGCCGCGCGGUUCCGACGCGGCUCCUUCUCUAACAUGAGCGGGUCCCUGCCGCGCAGAGCGCGCGUAGCCCGGCAGCGCCUAGUGGAUUACAGCAGCCGCCCCGGCCGACCGCCGCCUCCAACUCGGCACCUCCGGUUCGGGACCGUGAGAAACCGCCGCUUGCGCUGGCCCCAGCCCAGGGCAGCUCGGUGCCUGCAAGCAGCGCCUGCCUCGGGGUCUGCAGCAGCAGCCGGACGGAGAGGCCAGCCGGGCUCAGGGCCCUGGAAGGUAAAUGCGCGACUUCUUGGAGAACUAGCUUUGUCAGCCAACCUGGCUUGCCCUGACAGUGGGCAGAAGAAUGAGCAGAGGAUAUUCCCUCUUGCCUCUUUUUCUUCUGCCAUUGAGGGCAUUUGCUCCUUUCUGGAAAAUACCACUUGCUAAGGGAGUGGGGGUUAUGUGGAUCCGGAGAGGGGGUAAUAAAGCCGCCAUUUCUGGGAUGGAUUAUUUUUCUUCUUUUCUUUCUUUCUCAAGAAGACUGUCCUGACUCCCUGGCUGCUUGGUAACCCCGGCCCUGGUACAAGGAUGGGGCACUCGUUGCUGCAAAUUGCCACCAAGCGCUUCAGGCUACCUGAACCACCUCUGAAAGGCAGGGUGGCUGCGCUGGGCUGGUGGCGGCUCCGAGGAAGAGGCGGGGGCUGGCAACGGUCUGGGUACUCGCUCUGGGUGGAACCCGGAGGUAGUAACGUUGUCUAUAUAUACCCUGUAGAACCGAAUUUGUGUGGUAUCCACAUAGUCACAGAUUCGAUUCUAGGGGAAUAUAUGGUCGAUGCAAAAACUUCACAUUUCUCCGCAAUAGCCAGAAUUAGAAGUGGAGGCCAGAGGCAGCCGGCGGGUCAGUCGCCUCUUUCUGUUUUACUACCUUGGACUCCAGGAAGAUCGUCUGAGCCUGGUGACAUAGAGCAGCCUUUUCCUCGAGAAGCUCCUCACCUUUAAACAGGGCCCCCUGUGUAAACCCCUAAUUGGUUGCCUGAAUGCAGGGCCAAAGGGUUAGGUUUGGGGGCACUGGGGAGCAAGGUGGAAGUCCAGGUCGCCCCAGCCCCAGGCCUGCCCUCCAGGGGCAUAAAGUUGGAGGGUGCCCAGCGAAGGGGCUCAUUGGCCGUUACUGCCAUGUGAGAAGAAGGUGAGCUGGGAAGGAGGAGUUUAGGGUCCUUUGGGGUGCAUUUGGGUGAGCUGGGGGUGCCCUCACCACCUUCCUUGGCUACCCUUCAGCUGCCCUGGCUAGAGCAUCACGGGGGCUUCUUGCCAUACCAGCAAGGCCAAGAUUUGGCUGGAAACACCCCGGCCUCGAAGAAAGCUUGGCAGUUACUCAUUGCCUAAUUUGAUUCAGGCCAGCCAGAUUGUAGUAACUUUUGGGUGACCCUGAUGAAGACAAAGCCGGGAUUCGGCCUUUGUAUGGCAGAGUCCCCGCUCCCGCAGGCUGGGCGGGCGGGAGUCCUGCCUGCCUGGGGUUCUCUGCCCAACUCAGAAGCCACCUCUUCCACCCACUUUUUGAUGCCAUGCGCCCCGACAGAUAUGAGGAUUCAUUCCCCCUUGAACCGUGCCCAUUUUGGGGGGCUGAUUUCAGGCGGGGUGAGUGGCGAGGGCACUGGAGGUUAGCAAAGUCAGUGGCAGACAAAAGCUGGGGUUACCUGUGGGGAAUGAGGGUGCUGGGAUUAGAACUACUUUAACAUCUGGCGGGGGCCCUCAAAUGUGCCACGGCAAGUCACUUGAUUACACGUAUGUUAUUUAGUUAAAUUUGUGAAAAUUAUGAGAUGCUCACCAACCCGGUGAUAAACUCACUCCCUCGCUAUUGGCUGGCCUGGUCACAUGGCCGCCAACUUUAUUCAGUUGACAGCAAGUAGGAGGGCCCUAUGGAAGGAGAAAAAAAGACAACACGAGAAAAAUUAGUAUUUUCUACCUUCUGAAAUUAAUGGCCAUGAGUUCGUAUAUGGUGAACUCCAAGUAUGUGGACCCCAAGUUUCCUCCGUGCGAGGAAUAUUUGCAGGGUGGCUACCUAGGCGAGCAGGGCGCAGACUACUACGGCGGCGGCGCGCAGGGGGCCGACUUCCAGCCCCCGGGGCUCUACCCACGGCCCGACUUCGGUGAGCAGACCUUUGGAGGCGGCGGCCCCGGGCCCGGCUCGGCACUGCCCACGCGGGGUCACGGGCAAGAACCCGGCGGCCCCAGCGGCCACUACGGUGCCCCAGGAGAGCCGUGCCCCGCGCCUCCGCCCCUGCCCGGCGCCCGGGCCUGCAGCCAGCCGGGCGGCCCCAAGCAGCCGCCCCCUGGGACGGCCCUCAAGCAGCCGGCCGUGGUCUACCCGUGGAUGAAGAAGGUGCACGUGAAUUCCGUGAACCCCAACUACACCGGCGGGGAGCCCAAGAGGUCCCGGACGGCCUACACCCGGCAGCAAGUCCUAGAACUGGAAAAGGAAUUUCAUUUUAACAGGUAUCUGACGCGGCGCCGUCGGAUUGAAAUCGCUCACACCCUGUGUCUUUCCGAGCGCCAGAUCAAGAUCUGGUUCCAGAACCGGAGGAUGAAGUGGAAAAAAGAUCACAAGCUGCCCAACACGAAAGGCAGGUCCUCGUCGUCCUCGUCUUCAUCCUCCUCCUCCUCUUGCUCCUCCUCAGCUGCCCCUGGCCAGCAUUUGCAACCGCUGGCCAAGGACCACCACACGGACCUGACGACCUUAUAGAAGUGGGG